AUGUACAUAGCAUUUAACCGACAAAAAUCAAAAUGGUCUGUGACGAAGUUUGAAGAAAAUCACAAUCACGUUUUCCAUGAUCCUAAAACUUCUUUUUUGUUGCGCUCUCAAAGAAGGAUACGUGAGGCACAAGCUCUAAAUAUCGAGUUAGCCGUUGACAGCGGUUUAUCGGUUAAGGCAUCACAUGAUCUUAUUAGUGCCCAAUCUGGGGAGAGGGAAAACGUAGGCUUCACACUAGACGACCAUAGAAGUUACUUGCGUGCAAGAAGACAGAGGAGCUUACAAUAUGGUGAAGCUGGGGCUUUGUUAGGAUACUUUCAAACUCGAGUGGCUGAAAAUCCUUACUUUUUCUAUGACAUUCAAUUGGAUAUUGAGGAAAAGAUUACUAAUAUUUUUUGGGCUGACCAUGAGAUGAUCACAGAUUAUGGACUUUUCGGAGAUGUUGUGUCUUUUGACACAACAUUCCAAACAAAUAAAGAGUGUCAGCCACUUGCUAUAUUCACCGGCUUUAACCAUUUUAGAAUGACGGCAAUUUUUGGUGCAGCUCUUUUGUAUGAUGAAACUUCGGAAUCUUUUGAAUGGUUAUUUAAGUCCUUCUUGCGUGCAAUGGGGGAAAAAAGAAAGCCGAAGUUAACAAACGGAAGGGUAAGCGUUUGA